AUGGAUGUUGGGAGUUGGGUUCCGACCGCAGGAGAUGGAACCGCGAAUUUCACCCCGGCCCACCUCCUGCUGGAUCCCCAUAACGGGUCAGGUCCAACACCUACACGGUUGGAUAACGGCCAGGAGCGCUCCAUCACAGACCAAGCCUAUCGGAACUUCACCACUACCAUCCAGGUGCUCAUCCUCAUAGGAUCCCUGUUGGACAGCCCCAUCAAUGACCUGUGUUUUAAAGGUAUAGAUGACCUCAUCAAUGACCUGUGUUUUAACGGUAUAGACAGCCUCAUCAAUGACCUGUGUUUUAAAGGUAUAGAUGACCUCAUCAAUGACCUGUGUUUUAACGGUAUAGACAGCCUCAUCAAUGACCUGUGUUUUAAAGGUAUAGAUGACCUCAUCAAUGACCUGUGUUUUAACGGUAUAGACAGCCCCAUCAAUGACCUGUGUUUUAAAGGUAUAGAUGACCUCAUCAAUGACCUGUGUUUUAACGGUAUAGACAGCCUCAUCAAUGACUUGUGUUUUAAAGGUAUAGAUGACCUCAUCAAUGACCUGUGUUUUAACGGUAUAGACAGCCCCAUCAAUGACCUGUGUUUUAACGGUAUAGAUGACCUCAUCAAUGACCUGUGUUUUAACGGUAUAGACAGCCUCAUCAAUGACCUGUGUUUUAAAGGUAUAGAUGACCUCAUCAAUGACCUGUGUUUUAAAGGUAUAGACAGCCUCAUCAAUGACCUGUGUUUUAACGGCAAUGCCACUGUUCUAUGGUGUACAUGCUGUACCAGUGUCUUCAAGUCGGUGACCAGUCGUUUCAUUAAGAACCUGGCGUGCUCAGGGAUCUGUGCGGGUCUGGUGUGUGUUCCCUUUGACGUGGCUCUAGGGGCCAGCCCUCGCUGCUGCUGGUGGCUACACACUCUGCUGCUCUGCAAGGCCCUGAAGUUCCUCCACAAACUCUUCUGUUCUGUCACCGUGCUCAGCUUCUCCGCUAUCGCUCUCGACAGGUACUACUCUGUCCUCUACCCUCUGGAGAGGAAGAUCUCAGACGCCAAGUCACGUGACCUGGUUAUCUACAUCUGGAUCCACGCCACCAUCGCCAGCGUGCCCGUGUUCGCCGUCACCAACGUUACCGACGUGUACGCUACCUUGUCAUGCUCCGACGCCCGCGCACGCUCCUUGGGUCACAUGGUCUACGUGGUGAUCUACAACGUAACCACGGUGAUCCUCCCCCUGGCGGUUGUCUUCCUGUUCAUGGUUCUGAUUCGCCGAGCCCUUAGCGCCAGCCAGAAGAAGAAGGUGAUUAUUGCAGCGUUGAGAACCCCUCAGAACUCCAUCUCUAUUCCGUACGUGUCGCAGCGCGAGGCUGAGCUACACGCUACAUUACUAGCUGUCGUUUUAGCCUUCUCGGCCUGUAGCGCCCCCUAUGGGGCGUUGGUGGUAUACCGCACUCUUCUCGGGGACGGUGAGGAAUUGUCUCCUUCUCUCUACCUCACAGCCAUCUGGCUGCCAAAGGUGUCUCUCCUCACCAACCCUCUGCUGUUUCUGACGGUGAACCGCACGGCCAGGCAGUGCCUUUUGGAUGUUUUAGCCCGGGUCCACAGACGCUACAGCCGGCGUAACGUAGUCAGCACUGGGGCCCUGGGGCUAGGGGGCGAGGGAGGGCUGGAGGGGUCGGCUCAGGCCGGGAGCCAGCUCCUGGAGAUGUUUAAUAUCGGACAGCAGCAGAUCUUUAGGCCGACCGAUGAAGAGGACGAGGAGGAGGUAGAGAAUGAGAUACCUUCGUUAGGGUCAGGAGGUGGUGGGGGUUGUUUGCAACCCAAAGAGAACCACCUUGGCGGGGGUAGACUAGGGGGACACAAAGGGAAGAUGGUUCUACAGAAAGAGACCCAACCAAUCAGAGAGAGUGUCCUAGUGACUAAAGAACCUCCUCUCAUAUUGCCCAAAGUCUCCCCUGCCCCUGUCCACGCCUGCUCUUACACCUCCUCAUCACAGGUGGCGCCAGCGACCCCCACAGAGCCUGACAACGCCACCCAGUUUGGGUUCGGUCCAUUCGAGCUGCCGCCCCAGUGGCUGCCGGAGACCAGGAACAGUAAAAAGAGGCUCCUCCCACCGCUGGGGAACACCCCAGAGGAACUGAUCCAGACCAAACAGCCACGCCCACGGCCAGAACGACGAAUCAGCAGGAACAACAAGGUCAGCAACUUUCCCGUUGUCGACCCUUAAACUACCCUGUCCGUUGACCUUUGAACCUAUGAUCCCUGAUGACAGCUAUGGCUGGAGGUCAGCCAGAGGAGUAUUCCACUGACGGAGCGUAAUGAGAACAGCAAUACACCUUUUCCUUUUUCUAUCAAGUUCUUUGAUACAUUUUAUGUCAAUGACUGGAUACAAAGUCAAUGGAGGAAAUCUGACCAACCACCUGACCACCACCUGACCAACCACCUGACCAGUCACCUGACCAACCACCUGACCAGUCACCUGACCAACCACCUGACCAACCACCUGACCAGUCACCUGACCAACCACCU